UUUUCCUGGCUCUCCAUCAAUGUAUGGCUCUUCUGGAAAACCUUCCUGCUCUAUUAUCAAGGGCCGCAGUAUUAUUAUUUGCAUCAGAUGUUAGGGCUAGGAUUGUGUGUUAGCAGAGCUUCAGCAUCUGUCCUCAAUCUCAACUGCUGCCUGGUGCUUCUACCAGUGUGCCGUGUUCUCUUGGCCUUCGUACGAGGAUCUCAGAAAGUUGCCAGCAGGAAAACCAGAAGGCUGCUAGAUAAAAGUAAAACUUUCCAUGUGAUGUGUGGUGUUACAAUAUGCAUCUUUUCAGUCUUACAUGUUUCUGCUCAUCUGGUGAAUGCUCUUAGCUUCUCAGAGAACUACAGCGAAGAAUUUCUGGCCCUAAAUGCAGCAAACUAUCGUGGUGAGGACCCAAGGAAGCUACUCUUUGCAACUGUUCCAGGUCUGACUGGAGUCAUUAUGGUGUUGGUAUUAUUCCUAAUGUGUACAGCUUCCACGUAUGCCAUCAGGGUUUCAAACUAUGACAUCUUCUGGUAUACACACAACCUUUUCUUUGUCUUCUAUAUGCUGCUGAUGCUGCAUGUUUCUGGGGGAGUGCUGAAGUACCAGACCAACUUAAAGGAACACCCGCCUGGUUGCUUUAAUCCUAACAAAACACUCCAACAGAACAUGACUCUGCCAAAGGCUUUUGAAGACCUGUUUCCUGACUAUACUACUGAGCCUUUCCCAGAGGACUUACCAGUACCAGAACCCUUUGUACAAAAUAACUUUAUGAGAAUUUGUUCCAAGGAACCCAAGUUCCAGCCACACUUCCCAGAGACCUGGCUUUGGAUUUCUGGACCUCUGUGCUUGUACUGUGUGGAAAGGCUGUACCGUUACAUCCGCAGCAAUAAACCCGUCACGAUAACUUCAGUGAUAAGCCAUCCUUCCAAUGUUCUUGAAGUAAGGAUGACAAAAAAUGACUUUGAAGCAAGGCCUGGUCAGUAUGUUAUUUUACACUGUCCAAGAGUGUCUGCCCUGGAAAGCCAUCCAUUCACCCUUACAAUG